AUGGCAUCCAAAGCGCCAAUUCCCCAGAAUGAUAACGUCGCCCACGCCCUCGCUGGCGCAGGUGGUGGACUCUUGUCCAUGGUCCUCACCAGUGAACCAUUCAGCCAGACUAACGACCCCAGAUACCCCCUCAUCACCCUCUCGACCCGCGCCCAAGUCGAGUCCAAGAAGGCCGAAUCGAAUUUCCUCGCCGCCGUCCAGAACAUCAUCGCGCGCGAGGGCGCCUCUGGCCUGUACUCGGGCAUCAACUCGGCCCUGUUCGGCAUCAGCGUCACCAACUUUGUGUACUACUACUGGUACGAAUGGACCCGCGGCUCCUUUGAGCGCGCCGCCAUCAAGGCCGGCCGCGCGGGCCAGAAGCUGACCACGAUCGAGAGCAUGAUCGCCGGUGCGAUCGCCGGCUCCGCCACGGUCAUCAUCACCAACCCCAUCUGGGUCGUCAACACCAGGGUCACCACCAGGAAGCAGAGCACCGAGGUGGACCCGGAAUCCGGCGAGCUCAAGCCCACGCGUGCGCCCAGCACCAUUGGCACCCUCAUGGCCCUGCUGAAGAACGAGGGGCCCCAGGCGCUCUUUGCGGGCGUCCUGCCUGCGCUGGUGCUGGUCAUCAACCCGAUCCUCCAGUACACGCUCUUUGAGCAGAUGAAGAACGCUGUCGAGAAGAAGCGCAAGGUCACGCCCACAAUCGCCUUCUUCCUGGGCGCCCUGGGCAAGCUCUUCGCUACCUCGGUGACGUACCCUUACAUCACCGUCAAGAGCCAGAUGCACGUCGCAGCGCACUCGGAUCGCAAGGAGGGCAUGACCGAGGCGCUGCGCCGUGUCGUCAGAUCCGAGGGCUACGCUGGUCUCUACAAAGGCAUCGGCCCCAAGGUCACUCAGAGUGUCCUGACAGCGGCAUUCCUGUUCGCCUUCAAGGAUGUUCUGUACGAGCAGACUGUCAAGCUCCGCAUGCGCAAGCGCUUGGGAGCCUAAAAACAUUUGCCAUCAUGAUCCAGAUGUAACACCAUCCUCUGUAUGAGAAUCCUUCAUGCAGACGGAGAAACACCAACGCCAACAAAUGUCCCGCUCUCUCUUCCUCUGAGAGAAUCGAGAACAUGGCAAGCACCGGUCACAGUGCACAACCUCACAAUUGAUACCAUCCGCCCGUCGUUGCGGCGGUUUCAUAGAUGUAUGAAUGUAUAUGCUAUUCACGUUGACUUGGAUGCGAUCCUCGGCACUAUCCAACACUCAUGAUAUGUUUUGUCAGGCGUGGGCACCUCCACCGUCAGCUUCAACUGCCCGCCCGUCGUGUCCUCUCGCAUCGCCUUCUGCACGGUCGCUAUCGCCAACCCAGUAGCAAUGCAUGACUUCAGGGUGU